UCCUUCAUUUCUCACCACCCAACAGAAGAUCGACCGAUCGAUAACAUGGCGUCUUCUUCUCCUCGCCGUCACUUCGUCUCCCUCGUCGUAGUCGUCCUUGCCGUCUCGAUCUCCUUCCGGAGCACCGCGGCCAUCACCGUCGACGAGGCGUGCCGCAAGUACACGAAGCACCCGUCCUACUGCACGCACGCGCUGUCGGCAAAGGCGGGGCCACCGGAGACGACCCUGCCGGCGCUGGCGGAGCAGGCGGUGACGCUGGCCGCCGAGAGCGGCGGGUCGGCGGUGUUGUUCGUGAAGAACCUGGAGAAGAUGCCCGGCGGGAUGCCGCUGGGUUGCCUGGAGCGGUGCGUGGGCAAGUUCCAGGCGGCGGUGGCGGAGCUGACGCUGUCGAGGGUGGCGAUCGUGGAGCACAGGGACGUGGCCCGCGUGAAGGCGUGGGUGAAGGCGGCGAGGGCCGACGGCGAGACGUGCAUGGACGGGUGCCACACGGAGGGUGGCGCCGACCCCACCAUCAUCCACAGGAUCGGCGACCUCGGGAAGCUCUGUUCCAUCGCCCUCGCUCUCACCGAUGCGGCCGCUCAUAACAGCUAGUGAGUGCUGAUCGGCGACCUCGAUCGGGAGUACGGCGUAAAGAUUGAUGUGCCGCGCGGCUGACGUGCUUACCCUCAUAGUAGCUUUACCGAUGUAAAAUCUAACCAUAUCUUGGCAUACGCCCGUACGUGUACCAUUCAGGAUGAUGAUCAACCUCGAGUGUACGUCUACGUACCCAAUGUA